AGUGUCGCUGUGUGUUAAUUUAUGCUGUUUAAAUAUCACAGACACGGACGUGUUUAUGCGUAGCGAAACUAACUUGUCUCAUGCAUGGCGAUCUGGCCAAAAUACAACAUGCUAUAUAUUUAGCUAACAAAGAGGGGCUGUUUGGUAGCUGUUUAUGAAGAGCGUGUGGCUGCCCUCAGGCUGGUGUUAGUUGAUCGCGUCGACAUGGCAAUGCAGCGUGGACCCAGGUUGCUGCUGUCCAGUCAGUUUGGGGGCAGGCCUUUUUUGAGCAGAAGCAGAUGUUCCUCAGCCAAACAGCAUCGUCAGGAUGACCCGGUGCCCGAGACCCGAUUCAACCCACUAAAGAUCCAGAUGCUGUCCAGGAACCUGCACGAGCAGAUUUUCCGUGGAAAAGUGGAGAGCCACGGGGUGCGAGAGGUGGAGCGCAGUGUGAAGCACCUGCAGAAUCACCACCUGUGGGCCCGAGAGACUCCGCCUCUGCCCGAUGUGCAGCUGCGCCUGCCCGACAUGUACGGGAGUGACAUUGACCAGCACUUUCGCAACCUGGCCGAGAAGCAGAGCCUCCCUUACCUGGAGGCAGCCAGCCUGCUGCUGCAGGCCCCUCUGCCCACCUUACCUGAGCACUGGGCCUGGGAGACGAGCUGGACCCGCUAUGGCCCAGAUGGAGCACCCAGCAGGGUGGAAUUCCCUGAUGAGCUGGCUCUGGUGUUUGAUGUGGAGGUGUGCAUGUCACAGGGACACUGCCCCACACUGGCUGUGGCAGUUUCUCCAACUGCCUGGUACUCUUGGUGCAGUAGAAGGCUGAUUGAAGACAGGUACACCUGGUCUAGUCAGCUGACCCUGGGUGACCUCAUUCCUCUGGAGACUCCGCCCAACACCAGUCGCCCCCCUGCAGGGCAGUGGAAGGAAAGGCUGGUGGUGGGACACAAUGUCAGUUUUGAUCGUGCUCAUGUCAAAGAGCAGUACCUGCUGAAGGGUUCCAAAAUGCGCUUCUUGGACACGAUGAGUCUACACAUGGCCAUCUCUGGUCUGACUGGCUUCCAGCGCUCCCUCUGGUUGGCCAGAAAGUACGGAAAGAGGCGUGGUCUACAGGAGGUGAAAGAGCACUUGAAGAAAGCUGGCCGGAGCAAGCAGGGUCCAGCGAUUGGCGGUUGGGACUGGGUGGAGCUCAGCAGUGUGAAUAACCUCGCGGACGUGCACGCUCUGUACGUGGGUGGAGCCCCGCUGGAGAAGGAGGCCCGGGAGAUCUUUGUCAAAGGCAGCAUGGCGGACGUGAGAGACAGUUUCCAGGAGCUGAUGAGGUACUGUGCCCUUGAUGUCCAGUCCACACACCAAGUGUUCACAGAACAGCUACCCCUCUUUAUGGAGAGGUGUCCCCACCCGGUCACAUUCGCAGGGAUGCUGGAAAUGGGCGUGUCCUACCUACCCGUCAAUCAAAACUGGGAGCGGUAUUUGGAGGAAGCCCAGGGCACGUUUGAGGAGCUGCAGAGGGAGAUGAAGAAGUCUCUGAUGAACCUGGCGGAUGACGCCUGCCACCUGAUCGAGGAGCAGCGAUUUAAAGACGACCCUUGGCUAUGGGAUCUGGAGUGGGAUGUGCAGGAGUUUAAGCAGAAAAAGUCACCGGUCAGGAAGAAGAAGCAGCCAGUUACACCUGAGACCCCUGCAGACAGCAGCACUAUGGCUGACUGGGACCAAGACCCAGGCCCACCCAUGGAUGAGGAAGGAACAGCGCCCCCAGCUGGCAGAGCAUCACUGGAGCGAUUGAAGGAGACCGUUAGCCGCUUACCCAAGAAGAGCCAGCACCUUCCCGGGCAUCCAGCGUGGUACCGUAAGCUGUGUCUGAAGAUGUCGGAGGAGGCGUGGUCCCCCGGGCCCGGGCUGAUCAGCUUGCAGAUGAGGGUCACUCCCAAACUGAUGGGGCUGCGCUGGGACGGCUUCCCCCUGCACUACGUGGAGCGGCACGGCUGGGGGUACCUGGUCCCCGGUCGCAGGGACAACCUGCAGGAGGAGGACCUUGGCGAGGGGGCCGCGUGUCCUCACAGGGCCAUUGAGGGCGUGUACAGGCAGAGCUGUGAGAGUCGGGAGUCGUGGCAACACGAUGACAGGCCGCUCUCGGAUGACUACAUGUUGACGGACAGCAGCGUGUGGCAGACGGUGGAGGUGCUGAGUCACCUGGACAGUGUCAAUGAGGAAGACACUGUGGCUAAGAAACACAGGGGGACAGAGUUCUCUGCAGGUCUUUCUGGAAGAUUCAUGGCUGUACACUCUUGGUCUCUGUCACAGGAGCGAGGGCAUCCAAAACUCCAGGGGGAGAGCCAGUGUCCCUAUCACCAUGGUAACGGACCACACAAUGAUGUCAAUAUCCCAGGCUGCUGGUUUUUUAAACUACCUCAUAAGGACGGGAAUGAUAACAACGUGGGAAGCCCGUUCGCUAAGGACUUCUUGUCCAAGAUGGAGGACGGCACUUUGCAGGCGGGGCGCGGGGGCACCAGCGCUACCCGAGCUCUGGAGAUCAACAAGAUGAUCUCGUUCUGGAGGAACGCGCACAAACGCAUCAGCUCACAGAAGGUGGUUUGGCUGAGGAAGGGGGAGCUGCCGCGGACCGUCAGCAGACACGCCGACUAUGACGAGGAGGGGCAGUACGGGGCCAUCCUGCCCCAGGUGGUCACCGCGGGAACGGUCACACGCAGAGCUGUGGAGCCCACCUGGCUGACUGCCAGCAAUGCCCGGGGCGAUCGGGUCGGCAGCGAGCUGAAGGCGAUGGUGCAGGUGCCUCCCGGGUACCACCUGGUCGGGGCAGACGUGGACUCUCAGGAGCUGUGGAUCGCUGCGCUCCUGGGAGAGGCGCACUUCGCUGGUCUCCACGGCUGCACAGCGUUUGGCUGGAUGACCCUGCAGGGGAAGAAGAGCGACGGCACGGACCUGCACAGCCGCACGGCGGAGGCGGCGGGGAUCAGCCGCGAGCAGGCCAAGGUCUUCAACUACGGCCGCAUCUACGGCGCCGGCCAGCCCUUCGCCGAGCGCCUGCUCAUGCAGUUCAACCACCGGCUCAGCCAGACGGACGCCGCCGCCAAAGCCCGGCACAUGUACGCCAUCACCAAGGGCAUCCGCAGGUACCAGCUGUCGGAGGACGGGGAGUGGCUGGUGAGAGAGCUGGGGCUGGAGGUGGAGCAGGAGGAGGACGGCAGCAUUUCUCUGCAGGAGCUGCGCAGGAUCAACAACCUGGCUGCCCAGAGGUCGAGGCGCGGGCGUUGGGAUAUUGCAGGGAAGCGGGUGUGGGCGGGCGGGACGGAGUCGGCCAUGUUUAAUAAGCUGGAGAGCAUCGCGCAGUCCGCAGAGCCCAGCACCCCGGUCCUGGGCUGCCGCAUCAGCCGCGCCCUGGAGCCGCGCACCGUCAACAACGAGUUCAUCACCAGCCGGGUGAACUGGGUGGUACAGAGCUCAGCAGUGGACUACCUGCACCUGAUGCUGGUGUCCAUGCGCUGGCUGUUUGAUGAGUACGACAUCGACGGGCGCUUCUGCAUCAGCAUCCACGAUGAGGUGCGCUACCUUGUCAGAACAGAGGACCGCUACCGCGCCGCCCUGGCUCUGCAGAUCACCAACCUGCUCACGCGGUGCAUGUUCUCCUAUAAGCUGGGAAUGCUGGACCUUCCCCAGUCAGUGGCCUUCUUCAGCGCAGUGGAUAUCGAUCAGUGUCUGCGCAAGGAGGUCCACAUGGACUGCAGGACCCCGUCCAACCCCACGGGCCUCCAGCGCAGAUACGGGCUGCUGCAGGGUGAGGCUCUGGACAUUUAUCAGAUCAUUAAGAUCACUCAGGGUUCUCUGGCCAGAGGGACACAAAAAAACUAACCGAUUUACGAAAAAAACGGUAGCCAAUCAGAGUUCCGAUGUGCAAGGCCUAGUAACGAAGCAGCCAACCAACGUCCACUGUGAGAGGCGGAAUGAUGGAGCAGCCAAUCGUAGGCCGAGCAGGGCUGGACAGCACUCACUGCUUCCUUCUCUUUUUCUGAGGCCUCUGGCUCUCUUCAGACUCCUGAGAGACUGCAGUCUGAAACAAACGUGCUCGACUCAAUGCGUGGGACUGGCAUAAAUGCAGAAAUCAGACAUACGCAGCCUAUUCAUCGAAAUGCCACAUUGCGUACAGCCUGUCAAUAUACUGUAAAUAUAAUAAAAGAAUUAACAGAG